UCUUCCCCGACUCCCCGCUAAUCAUGCACCAAAAGGUAAAACUUCGUAAAGGUGAGAAAAAGGCAAAGAUGGGGAAAACGGACUUCAAAAGCUUACAAAUCAAAUGCAGUAAAAUUCUUGCCCUGAAAUCCGACGCUCUCUCUCUCUCUCUCUCUUCGUUUUCCUUUUCACGAGUUUCUCGGUUCAAAUUCCAGCAAAGGUUUUUCGGUUCUAGAAUCUUCGCGACGCGGCACACGGUGCCGUACAUGUGCUUGUGAGAGAGAUGGCGAUAGAUACCCAGCAAAAGUCACCGUCCGAUGGCAAAGUUUGGGGAAUUUUUAAGCUGCCUUUUCGCCAAACCGGGAAUAAUACCAGAACGACGCCGUCUUCUUCUUCAGCGUCUAAUCUAUACGUUCAAACUCAACCUCAUGUCGAAGGAUCGAAUCAUCACGGCUCUGCCAUUUCGGUUUCCUCCGUUGCAAAGUCGCUUUUGCCGACUCGGCGUCGGCUCAAACUUGAUCCAGCUAAUAAGCUAUAUUUUCCAUAUGAACCUGGCAAACAGGUGAGGAGCGCAGUCAGGAUAAAAAACACAAGCAAGUCAUAUACAGCUUUCAAGUUUCAAACAACUGCACCAAAGAGCUGUUUCAUGCGCCCUCCGGGUGCCAUUCUAGCCCCCGGCGAGAGCAUCAUAGCAACGGUCUUCAAGUUCGUGGAGCCUCCUGAGAACAAUGAAAAACAGAUGGAUCAAAAGAGCAGGGUUAAGUUUAAAAUCAUGAGUCUUAAGGUGAAAGGUCCAAUGGACUACAUACCUGAGCUGUUUGAUGAGCAGAAGGAUCAAGUUGCAAUAGAACAAAUACUACGGGUUGUUUUCCUAGAUCCUGAACGUCCUUGUCCUGCUCUGGAAAAAUUGAAGUGUCAAUUAGAUGAGGCUGAUGCUGCGCUGGAGGCACGCAAAAAGCCUCCAGAGGAUUCAGGUCCAAGGAUCAUUGGGGAAGGACUCGUCAUAGAUGAAUGGAAAGAACGAAGGGAGAGAUACCUAGCUCGACAGCAGGUUGAAGGAGUAGACUCAGCUUAAAGUGGCAAUUCUCAUCAUUUGCUUUAUAUCAUGUGAUUGAAAUCUGAUAUAAUCAUCAUCUCGUGCAUAUAUACCCGUCAAAUCUUUUAAUGUUAACCUUAAAAGGGUGUCAUCUUGGUACUUAGGAUGAAUGAUGAGGAAACUCGUAAUCUAUUGUUGUACAAACGUGAGCUUGACUUUUCUGUAAUUGGAAACUCAGCUAGUUACCAUCUGCUUUGUAGAUAAAUGUGAUUUUGUCUCUCCCCCUUAAGGGAAUAAAACUCGUGUUCAUGGGAUGUAAUACGCUAAAAGGAUCUCCAAGUGUUAUAUAAUGUUGGCAUAAUUUGUCUUUUAA